UGAGGUCCCAUACCUCAUACAUCGCAUGUUUCGAUUGACAGCGCCUUUAUAGUCUCAAAAUGUAUUUAAUAUAAUAUAUCCUUUAUUGUAUAGGCCGAGUUAGAAACAUUACAUAGUUAUAACCGGCGAUAUGUCAACGGUACCCGAUAGCGCUCUGCCCAAUAGCAUUAUGGCUGGCAUAUUACCAACAAACUAUUCUAGUUGAACAAGAAGAAUUCCUAUUGGUUGCUUUGACCAGAAGAGUCACUGCAACUCACUUCCUUAGUUGGGUGUGAAUCGAUCGUUCAUGUUUCUUGCUUCAUUGUUAAAAAUAUAAUGCUGGUGCAACUCAUCAAAUAUAAUGCUUAGUAAUUCCCUGCAGAAAAAAAGACAUAAAAAAGACACUCAUCCUAUCAGUCAUUGGAUAUAUCUGUGGAUGUGAAUUGAUCCAUUGAUCCUUGUUCUAUCAAACAUGGAUGCAAAAGGGGAAGAAAAACUGGGAACUGGAUUGACAGAUGUCAUAAGACUUCUGCUGGACUUGCCAAAGGAACGGUUGUUGAGCCUGACAUACCAGCUGGGCAAAACCCCCGAGGAGGUCCUAGUGCGCGCCCUGAGCCUCCUCUUCCUCCACAAAGAGACGCAGGGCCUGGACCAACUCCAGGCGCUACAAGACAACUCCCUGGCAAACCAUCUGGCUGAGAAGUGGCACACGGCUGGGGGCCAAUUGGAGGAUUUCAGAGAGCAAUGUGGUCAUCUUGACAAUUUUGCGGCAGGAGAAGAGACACCUUUACACCUCGCACGCAUGUUUGAAGUAUUGUCUAAGGAAAGGCUGUGUGACCCACAUCUGAGAGAUCUUGCAUAUUCGAGAGCGGUUUCCGUUUACGGUGAAAAAAACAUUGAUUCCAAAGUCCAACUCUUCUCAUCUGUGGAUGGAGCAGACGAAGAGAGUAGAGCUUUGUCCCUGACCCAAGGUAAAUCAGACAGCAAUCUCAGCAUGCCUUGCUCACUAAAGGCUAGCUCUUCCUUUGACUCGUAUCCUACGCAUCUAGAGAUAAGUUUAGCUACAACAGGGGUGCUUAUUAGCGACCAAAUCACACCAGUAGCGUCACAGCCCUCCCAUUCAAAACCUCAGAGUUUGGCAGAAGAUGAAUUAGAAAAGAAUGCACCUGAUUCAUAUCUUUCAUCCAAUUCAUCAGAGGCAUCGUCUAUGCUUACAUCAGAGAAUAGCUCGAAUGGCUCCCCUUGCAGCAUUGCAACAACAGACGUCAAUUCCCCUCAAGAAGACGAGAAACAAACCACAACCACACCAUCCAUCCAUUCCAAAUCACCACCUGCUGCGCCUAAAGGUCCUUCCCCCAAAUUCGCUGUUCCAAAAAAGACUGAUACAGGCAAAAAAACAGAAGAAGAAGAAGAAGAAGAAGAAGAAGAAGAAGAAGAAGAGGUGGAUACAUUCUAUGCCUUUGUGAUCCUGCAUGCAGCUGAGGACGUCAACAUGGCGGAGGCCAUGAGGGAAAGAGUGGAGUCCCUCUGUGGGGGCACCCUGGUGGGGGCCACGUUCUCCGAGGACUUUGCCGUCCCGGGCAGAAGCACCAUGAAGUGCAUCGACGACGCCAUCGAGAACUCUGCCUUCACCAUCCUGCUGCUCACCAACCACUUCGUCAGGAACCGGCGGUUCCAGGUGGAGGCCGAGGCGGCGCUCAUCCACUCCAUAGAGCACAGGCUGAAGUACAACACCGUCAUCCCCCUGCUGCCACGGGACAACGGCAUGGCCAAAGCCGCCCUGCCCAUGGUGCUGAAGACACUGAAUUGUCUGGAGGAGAACAUCAGAUUCGACAAGAAUAUCAGACGGGUCCUGUCUGCGGAGAGGCUCCGAACGCAGGAGAGCGUGUGGUCCAAAGCGCAGGAGGUGAAGAAGGAGCUGAGGAGACAGGAGCGAAUGAAAGAGGCAAACAAGCACCGCAAGCUACUCUGCGACAUGUAUGCGGCAACUGCCAAGGAGCAGCUUGAGGGUUUCAGGGUUCUCAUGGAGAAAGGCGGUGCUUCCCCGUUCCCAUUACCUGUUCCUGGGUGGCAGCAGCCGCAAAACAUUACCGUUGCCCAUGCAAAUUACGUAAUAGUUGGUAAUGACUCCACAAUGACUGUGGAUCAUGGAGAUUCAAUCACAAACUAUGUUGAUAAGGAUGAAGACAAUUGAUAAAGGGGGAUUGAUUACAUUGCAGGUGUUCGAUUUUGUUUUUAAAUUCCUUGGUCUACAAUGAUUGUUGAAUGUAUCUGUGUAGAAUUUUUUUAAUGGUACAACGAUGUUAUUAUGUCUUAAGAACACUAAAUGAUCACAACUGUUCUGACCACUAAGGCCUUUGCUGUAGGUUUCACAACAGACAUUUAUUUAAAAUUACACACACAAUGCCAACUGGGCCGAUACAUAUUUAGCUCAGGUCUGCCAUCUUCUGGCAAAAAGCAAUUACGACAUCCAGUGGCUGUAUAGACACAACAUGGGCACUAGGGAGCAAUGUUGUUGCAUACUUAUAGACCCUCAAUGCUCUCAUAAUGCUAUGUCAUCCUGUCCCGUCACCAUUAAGAUUCCUAAUAUGUAUAUGCGUUCAUCUGCGUGUUUGCUCAAAUGACAAAUCUACCCUUUACUUAGUUGGUUUAUGGGCUCUUGUUUAUCUGAAUUUUGCAUCUGAUUGUCCAGGAAGAUUAAAAAAACAACAGCAGUGUUCUAUUAGCUUAUCUAUCUGUGCCCAUUCAAAUCGCUUCUAAUUUUGUGUAAGUUGUAAUCACACUACCGUUUGUUAAUGAAUGCAUGCAUUUAGAACCACUAGAAUAAUGAACUUUAUGGUCAAAUAUACAGAAAAGAUUGAUAGGUGUGAGUGCAUAUGAUCGAACGUGCAUUGAUAGUGGAGGGGGAUUCAAUCACUUAUGUAAACUUUAACGCACCCAUGUUUUUGUGGGUUUUGGCUUUCCCCGUUUCGGUUUUCCUCUCCGGUCCUUUAUUUUUUGGACUACCGGUACUUCCCUGACCAAUGUCGGGCUUGAUAUGUUUUUGUUGUUGCAAUAAACCUUUUGUUUACUUCGGAAACCAUGUGUCUGUACUAUU